CAUCAACUAUUUGGCUCCUUUUUCUCUAUAAAUUCCAUCCCCCAAACCCUCCAAUCCCUCCUCUCUUCCACCUUUUUCAGUUUUUCUUCAUCUUCCCUUUCUUCUUCUGGGUUUCUUGAGUUUGCAGCCCAUUUGAUCCAUCUCGGUUUUCAUCUGUCCUAGUUUUUCUCCCGUUCUGCUUUUAAAUUUGGGAUUUUGUCUCUCCAAAUAUCCAAAUUCUCAGAAAGUUUCAAGCUUUAUGCUUCGCUGGAGUUUCUGAGAUUGUUUCAAAAAUACCCUAAAUCUUGUUAUUUACUUUUUGCUUCUGUUUUUUUUUCAAGAAACUUUAUCUUAAAUGCUAAACAUUUUGUUCUUGAUGUUUGAGAUUGAUGACUCCAGUUCUGAGUGAAACCCUUCUCUCCGAGUGCAUGAUAAAUUCCACUUACAGGCGCAGGACCCAUUUAGUUCAAUCCUUCUCGGUCGUCUUUCUUUACUGGCUUUAUUACGUUUCAUGAUUUCACUUACCAUCAAACCCUACAAUAAUAAUAAUUAGUAUUUCUACUAUUUUCUGUAAGUUUUGAGUUUAUUUUGUUCUUGGGUCCUGCAAUAAUCUCUCUCUGAAUUAAUUUCUGGGAAAAUCUGCAAAACUUUCUGUGGUUUUCAUCAAUGGCUUCCUCCAGUGGGACAUCUUCAGGCUCCUCCUCCAUGAUUCAUCAAAAUUCAUGCUCUGAGGAAGACUUGACGGCUCUGAUGGACCAGAGAAAGAGGAAGAGAAUGAUUUCCAACCGCGAAUCGGCCAGGCGGUCUAGGAUGAGGAAGCAGAAGCACUUGGAUGAUCUGACGGGCCAGAUCAGCCAGCUACAGAAGGACAACGAACAGAUCAUCUCCAGCCUCAACAUCACAAGCCAGCAUUACAUGAACGUUGAGGCAGAGAACUCUGUUCUCAGAGCCCAAGCUGAUGAGCUCAGCAACAGAUUGCAGUCCCUCAAUGAGAUUGCCAGUUUCUUGAAUGCAAACAAUGGGGGGCUCCAUGCAGCUGCAGCAGAUUCAAGCUGCUUCGCUGAGCCUCAUGACAGCUUCUUCAACCCUUUGAAUCUGUCAUAUCUUAAUCAGCCUAUAAUGGCCUCUGCAGAGAUGUUCUACUGACCGUGUUCGGGUUUAUCUAUUUAUAUCUGUAUCGUGUUUCUGUCGACUUAUCGAUAGGAUUGGAUGGAUUGAUAAAAACUAGAGAGAGAGAGAGAGAGAGAUGUGUGUAGUUUUAUUUGACUGUUUUAAUUAGAUGGUGUUUAAGGAAUUAUUUGUGUGUUAAUGUAAAACAAAAGAGCUGUGGUGUUGGGUUUUCUGGGUCUGUAAAUGGGGGCUAUGAUUUUAUUGCAGUGGAAUUUUCUUAUUAGCUAUUAAUGUGAGUGUAGCUGUUUUUAUUGCUUAAAAAGUUGUCUUCAA